AUAAUUUAUUUUUGUAUAAAAUGGAAGUAGAAGAUGAAGAUGAUGUAUGGGAUGAAAAAUCCCUGAAGCAGCUCAAAAGAAAGCUUCAAAACCCGACUUUUGGGCGGGAAAAGUCAUCCACCUACCCGCACAAGAACGCGAAGUCAAAACGCUCAAAUAACACUGUGAAAGAACCGCAAAGAUCAAGUCAGUUAGAAGCUUCACAAGCCGCGAGUCAGGGCAAGUCGCAACCAAGCAGAGGCACCGGAAAUGCGAGGAACGAGAAUCAAAACCGGCGAAAGAGGUCACAUUCGUCCGGUACUCGCAAUGAAUUGGAAAAUGCAGGUUCUCUAACCACUCAUGAUCAUCAUCAAAGUAUGAGCGUAAAUCAAAGUAGCUCACCUGUUUCCAGCGAGGAGAUAACACCACAGAAAGACAUCAUGGAGGGCUGCUGCCCUAAAUGUCAGAUGCCCUUUACUGCCCUGAUUGGUCAGUCUCCAGGAUGGCACGUCAGAGAAUGUUUGGAAACCAAAUAUUCUUACGUAGGUGACUGCACUGAAGGCCUUCACUGUAGAUCUACUUUUUCUCCUCAUUAUAAGAGAUAUUCUCAUAAGCUUCUGGCUACUACCAGGAGCUACAGCAGUGCAGAGAAAAAAUGCAAAGGAGAAAGUAAUGACGACAAGGAUGUGUUGGUUGAAACAAAUGUUCGAUCCUCAAGGCAACUAGACUUCUCAGACCAACAGUGGCCAGAACAGAUAGAGACAAAUGAAGCUGAUGGCAAGUGUGGGUUGACAACUCUUACUUCUGUGGAAGAUAAUACAGACUUAAAGCCUCUGGAAAUUUCUCCUGAUGGGCUGGAUAUGCCCACAUCCUCAGACGACAGAGAACUUACUUCUGUUGGAGAAAUGAUGAACAAGAUAGACAGUAGUAAUAAAAGUUUAUUAGGUGAAUUUCAUUCUGAUGUGGAUUCAUCAAAGCAUCCAAAUCAAGAAGAAUGUUGUGAAUCUGAACAUUCCCUUCCGGCAAAUGAUGAACCAAUGAAAAAUGGUGAGACUGAAGAGUUUGAGAUGUCUUCAGAUGACGAGUUGUUUGGUGAUCCACAGAUAUUUGAAGGGUUGUACAGAGACACAGAUGCAUCGUGUCUUAGUACACAAGAUCAGGGCAAUGAUGACAGUCAAGGAAGUGUCAGUUUGAAUGGGAAACAAGGGCAGCAUAUCUCACAAUGUUUGGAUUCAAAAACACUGGAAAAUUCUGUUAAGAUGGAGCAUAUGAAUGGUGUUGAUGAACACGAAUACCCAGAUCGUUUAGAAGAAAAACAGUUAUAUAUAAAUGUUAAAGAGGAAGCUCAGUCGAAGCAAUCAGAUAAGGGUCAGAAACAGAAAUCGCUUUUGUCCUUUUUUGCAAAGGAAAACAAGAAAACCACAAUGAGCAAUGCAACCCUGAAACAAGCAGAUAUAGGGGUGUUCUUUGGUUUGAAACCUUUGAAGAAACAAGUGGACAACAAAGGUCCUACCAAAGAUCACGCAAAUGUAGCAAGUUGUUCACAAGCAGCUUCUGUCUCUCAGAGGUAUGGUGGUUGGACGGGAAGAAAGAAAUACAGUCAUAAUCUAAAGCAAACAGGCUAUACUUCUGAAGGUCAAAGUUCAGGUCAUGGGGAAGACAUAUCUGCUUCUAGUACUGGUACUCAAUCUCGGAGGAGUUGUCCAUUCUACAAGAAGAUCCCUAACUCUGGGAUCACAGUUGAUGCCUUUCGUUAUGGUGACAUCCCUGGCUGCCGUGCCUAUUUCUUGAGUCAUUUUCACUAUGAUCACUAUGCUGGACUGAAUGGGAAAUUCGCAAAUCCCAUCUACUGUAGUAAGAUCACAGCAAAUCUGGUAAUAUCAAAGCUGUAUGUUAAAAAGAACUUUGUUCAUCCACUACCCAUGAACACUCCUACUAUUGUGGACAAUGUGCAAGUGACACUUAUGGAGGCAAACCAUUGCCCAGGAGCUGUGUUGUUUCUGUUUCAGUUUUCUAAUGGACAGACUUACCUACAUACAGGUGACUUCCGGGCUUCAACUGCAAUGGAACAAUACCCUGAGUUAUUACAUUGUAAGAUUGAUGUCCUGUAUCUUGACACCACAUAUUGUGAUCCGGAAUAUUCAUUCCCACCUCAGGAGGAAACCAUCAACUUCACAGUAUCCAAAGCUGUUCAAGCUUGUAAACAAAACCCGAAGACCCUGAUUGUCUGUGGCUCAUACACAAUUGGAAAAGAACGUGUCUUCCUUUCUGUUGCAGAAGCACUCGGUUGUAAAGUUAGUGUAGAAAGGCAGAAGAAGAAAGUGCUAGAUUGUCUUGAAUCUGAUCAUAUCAAGUCCUUGAUCACAACAGACUGGAAAAUAGGAAAGGUCCAUGUGUUACCAAUGGCAAAGCUGACAUUGCAGAGUCUGACAGCUUAUUUGGAAUCUCGCAAGUCCCAGUUCACUGAGCUACUGGCCUUUAAGCCUACUGGAUGGGAACAUAGUGCAAAAAGAGAAAAUCUGUCCAUGAUCAAACCUUCCAAGAGGGGAGAUGUUACAAUCUAUGGUAUGUACACCCAUGCAAGUAUAAAAUGCUCAUGCAAAAUCUAGCCUCAGUAGAACAC